AUGCCUUCUGCCAUCACCCCUCCUCCUGCGCCCCAAAGACCUGGUAUCGAGAUUGCAAUCGAUCGCGGAGGAACAUUUACAGACUGUAUUGCCACGAAUAUACCAGGCAGAGAGGAUGUAGUGGUCAAACUUCUUAGUGUUGACCCCUCAAAUUACGAGGAUGCGCCAACGGAAGGUAUUCGAAGAAUCUUGGAGACCGUAACGGGCGAGAAGUUAAAUCGCGGAACUCCAAUCGAUACUUCACAGAUUGCUUCAAUAAAGAUGGGGACCACGGUGGCUACAAACGCGCUUCUCGAACGGUCAGCGGAGUCUUGUGCUCUUGUGGUUUCAAAAGGACAUGCGGAUUUGUUAAGGAUAGGAGACCAGACGAGGCCGAAGCUGUUUGAUCUAAACAUUAGACGACCGCCGCCUUUAUUUUCGGAAGUUCUCGAGAUUGAUGAGAGAGUUACGCCGGAGGAAUACACAGAAGACCCAAACCCAAAGUCAUCUGCGGAUUUGGAUGCGCUGGUAGACGAUGUCUAUGUUGUAAAGGGAGUUGGCGGGGAAUUGAUUAGAAUUAUAAAGCCACUUGAUGUCGAAAAAGCACGAGAGGGUCUACAGAAGCUCUUCGAUAGUGGUGCCAGGUCACUAGCUGUUGUAUUACUCCAUUCAUAUACAUUCCCAAACCACGAACUCGCCAUCGGAAAGCUAGCGAAAGAAAUCGGAUUCACUCAAAUAUCACUCUCUUCUCAGCUGCUUCCAAUGAUCAAGGCUGUAUCGCGAGGUCAGUCUGCGGCAGUGGAUGCAUAUUUGUCACCAGCGGUGCAGCAAUAUGUUGACGGGUUCCGUUCCGGGUUCGUUGGCAAACUUGAGGACAGUACUGGAUCUGCUCGCUGCGAGUUUAUGCAAUCUGAUGGUGGUUUAGUGGGCUGGCAACGAUUCAAUGGACUUAGAGCGAUUCUGUCAGGCCCGGCGGGAGGUGUUGUAGGCUUUAGCAGGACUUGCUAUGAUAAAGAAGACAAAGUUCCUUGUAUUGGUUUCGAUAUGGGUGGCACUUCGACGGAUGUCAGUCGAUAUGGCGGCCUCCUUACUCACACACUUGAGAAUGUUAUCGCUGGAGUCACGGUUCAAUCACCUCAGCUUGACAUCACUACAGUCGCUGCGGGUGGAGGUUCCAUCCUUACCUAUCGAAAUGGCCUAUUCAACGCAGGACCUCAAUCAGCUGGCGCUCAUCCUGGUCCAGCUUGUUACCGAAAGGGAGGCCCAUUAACUGUCACAGAUGCAAAUCUUGUUCUCGGUCGUCUUUCCGCAGAUCACUUUCCUAAAAUCUUCGGGCCAAAUGAAAAUGAGCCAUUGGAUUUUGCGACCUCAAGGAAAGCAUUUGAAGAACUGACCGAAACCAUUAAUCAUGACUUGAAAACCGCCGGCGGAAAUACCUUGUCUGUUGAAGAGGUUUGUCUUGGAUUUCUCGAUGUUGCCAAUGAGUCUAUGUGUAGGCCCAUUCGACAAAUUACCGAAUCAAAGGGUUACAAUACAUCAGAUCACAAUCUUGCUAGUUUUGGUGGUGCUGGGGGUCAGCACGCUUGUGCGAUUGCUGACCGACUUGGCAUCAAAAGGGUCAUCGUACACAAGCAUGCGUCGAUAUUGAGUGCGUAUGGUAUGGCGCUGGCGGAUACUGUGCAGGAGAAGUACGAGCCAUGUUCUUGUGACUAUUAUGACUCUGUGGACGAAGUCAAAAGCAGACUCGGGAACAUGGAAGAUCAAGUCACUUCACAACUGAAAUCAGAAGGCUUCAGAGGUGACCAAAUCACUUACGAGCGCUACGUCAAUCUGCGUUAUGCUGGUUCUGAUACCAUGAUUAUGAUACUUGAACCAGCAGAUGGAGAUUACGCGGCUGCGUUCAUCAAAGAGCAUGAGCGCGAGUUCUCCUUCACAUUACCGAAUCGAAAAGUUUUGGUCGAGAAUCUGCGCAUUCGGGGACGUGGAAAUGCAGGCAUUCGUGGUUCCCAGAAGUCCAUCAGCAAGGAGCAAGCAGCUCUGCUUCCUAGAACUGUCUCCAAGGAUGGUUCCCGUAUGCUGCCUGUUUAUUUCGAAGGAGGCUGGAAGGAGACGCCUCUUUUUGUACUCAGAGAUCGUAUCCCCGGAGACAUCAUUCAUGGUCCUGCCAUGAUCUACGAUGAGACUCAAAUGGUGGUAGUUCAACCUGGUGCUACCGCUCGGGUGUUACAAUCUCAUAUUGUCAUUGAUAUUAAGUCUGAGGAUGCAGCUUCGACCUCGAAAGAGGACACUGAUGUUGAAAGUCCUUUGACUGAAGACCCAAUUCAGCUUUCAAUUUUCUCCAAUCGAUUUAUGGGAAUUGCAGAACAGAUGGGACUUACACUCAUGAAAACAAGCGUUUCAGUAAACAUCAAGGAGCGACUUGAUUUUAGCUGUGCUCUUUUUGGUCCUGACGGAGGAUUAGUCGCCAAUGCGCCUCAUGUUCCAGUACAUCUCGGUAGUAUGGAGCAUGCUGUACGCUUCCAGCAUAAAUUACAUUCACAACAUCUACGUCCUGGUGAUGUUCUAGUGUCGAAUACUCCACUGGCUGGAGGAACACAUUUACCCGACAUCACCGUCAUCACACCUAUUUUUGACAACGCUGGGAAGAACAUCAUCUUCUACACCGCAUCAAGAGGGCAUCACGCUGAGAUUGGAGGCAUUCUUCCAGGAUCCAUGCCUGCAAGUAGUACUCGACUUUACGAGGAAGGUGUCCAGAUCGAGUCCAUGUUUCUGGUUCGGGACGGGAUUUUCCACGAAGAAGAGAUUUCUCGAGUUUUGGUAGAAGAGACUGGAGCGCAUCCUGGGUGCAGUGGAACGAGAAGCUUGAGUGACAAUCUGAACGAUCUGAAGGCUCAAAUUGCAGCGAAUGCAAAGGGUGCGAACCUCGUACAUUCUCUUAUUGAAGAAGGUGGCAUUCGAAAGGUACAUUUUUACAUGGAUGCUAUCAAGAGAAAUGCGUCGACAGCAGUUCGCGCCUUCCUACAGCGCACACAUGAUAAGUUCGAGGGCAAACCAUUAACAGCAACCGACCAUAUGGACGAUGGUACACCAAUAUCGGUAAACAUCACGAUCUCGCCGGAGGGAACGGCAGACUUUGAUUUCACAGGCACUGGAUUGGAGGGACUACACUGCUUCAACGCCCCCUCUGCUAUCACUAAGUCUGCUACAAUGUACGUUCUACGGUGUUUGAUUAACGAAGACAUCCCUCUCAACGAAGGAUGUCUGCUUCCCAUCAGCUUCAACAUUCCGCCUGGAACAAUCCUCAACCCCAGUGGCACUGCCGCCGUCUGUGCAGGUAAUCCUAUUACUUCUCAGCGCAUCACCGAUGUCCUGAUCAAUGCUUUCCAAGCCUGCGCCGCAAGUCAAGGUGACUGCAAUGUCUUCUCAUUUGGCUUCGGAGGCAAAGAUCCUGAAAGUGGCAAGGAAACUAAAGGGUUUGGUUUCGGAGAAACGAUAUGUGGCGGUUCUGGCGCUGGCGAGACCUGGAAUGGUACUUCUGGUGUUCAUAUUAACAUGACCAACACACGAAUCACUGAUGCAGAAGUCCUCGAGAAGCGAUACCCAGCCAUUCUCAACCGCUUCACCCUGCGACCUGGUAGUGAGGGGAUAGGCCAGAACAACGGCGGAACUGGUAUCAUUCGAGAGUACGAAUUCAGAAGACCCCUGAGUGCCUCGAUUGUCAGCGAGAGGCGGGUCUAUCAGCCUUACGGAAUGGCUGGUGGUGGUUCAGGCAUGAGCGGUCGCAACACGCUCGUUGAAAAGCUGAGUGAUGGUAGUGAACGAAGGGUUAACAUUGGAGGCCGAAAGGAUUUCAAGGUCAACACUGGGGAUAAGGUUAUUAUUGAGACGCCGGGUGGUGGUGGGUGGGGUGUACCCGGGUCUGAGAAGAUGAAGAUGAUACCCGCGGAGACGCAGCCGGCUUGGGGGUUUGCUAAUAUGUGGCAAACGAGGUUGGAGCAGAGUAAUUAA